AUGCCACAGACAAGCAUAAAGAAGUCCGCCCGAGAAGGGGCAGGGAAGAGAGCCCGACACGGAGAGACAGCCCUGCAGAAAAGUGCAACAGGCAGCGCAAGGGAGGAAAGAAAAAAAAGAAAAGAGAAGGCGGGGGAAGAGUCCGGGGCAUGCAUCGCCCAGAGUGUGCGCCCAGAGGCGAGCGAGAAGGAGAACCUCCAGGAAAACGGCGUAUUUACUCCAGAGGAUCCGCAGGGGGAGGAAAUUGUCCAGACGGAAAAGCAUCUUUUUUUGAGCAGUGUCUGCAGCCUGCUGGGAGACCCAAACGAGAAGACGCUGGGCGAAGUAAGAAGGCGCAUGCGAGCACUUUUGAAGAAAAAAGAGAAAGGGUCUUCUAGGCUGGUGAUUCUUUCUCUCACGAAGGUUUUCUUCAACCUGCUGCCCUCGUACAACAUACGGGUGGAGGGCCACAAGUACAACACCGUCUCAAAAAUAACUAGCUACGAGUAUAUGCUCAUGCAGGAGUGGAGGGCGUUUUUGAAGCAGGUGACUCGGUCGCGGACGGAGGAGUCGUACGAGGCUGCAGCUGUUUUGCUCCCGAAUGCGAUUCUCUUCAACAAAAGCAUGAAGCUUGUGGGGAAGGUCGUGAAGGGGACGGCCCUGAAAAGCAGGACCGGCAGAAAGUGCGCGCGCGCCCUUAUAAAAAUAUUCAAGUGCGACAAGGGGAACCGGAUAGUCAAAAUACUGGAGGUAAUCAACCAGAUGAGCACAGAAAAGAUCCCCAAGGAAACAAUACGGGCGCUGCUCCACAUUUCAGACGACGCACUCACUAAGCCCGAGAAGGUGCAGAGGCUGCACCCAAGCGAAAUGAGAAAGCUCUCGGUGGAGGAGAAGGCGAUCAAAAAGGAGGCGCAGCUGCACUUUCUCCCGGAGGAGAUGAAGGCGUGGCGCGGGAUAAACGAGCGCCUCCUCAGGAUAUACCUGCUGGUGCUUUCCAGCAAGUCUGUCGAGAAGAACUACUACGCCCUGCAGCAGAUACAGAGGCUCCACGUCCCGGGAAGUCUGAAGCAGGGGAUUUUCUCCAUGAUCACCGACAUAAUAGGAGAGCUGAAAAAGGACAUCACCCCAAGAAGGGCGGCUGUGCUGGCGCUGUGCUACAGUACGAUGCAAAUCGUCUUCCAGGGGGAGAUCGAGUAUGCCUUCCAGAUCGAAGAGAUCUGCCAGAUUCCAGCGCGCAUGUUUGCAGAGAUGAGCGAAAGAGAGAUCGGGCUUGUGUACGACGCCGUGCAAAGGAUGGACAGGCACGCGGGAAGUGCAAAUCUGCUGAAGACCCUUCUCGUGCGGGGAAUGCACAGGAUAGACACGAAAGUGGGCGAUGUAGUGCGGCACAUUAUGCCAAGGGAGGGCCCGAAGGCGGUGGAGAGGCAGAGUGGAACUGGGUUCUGGGAGGUGUGCUUGCUCACCGGAAGCGCCAGGGAAAGGGAGAGACAUGCGAUGUGGUGA